GAGGAAAUAUUAGGUUUACGUCAAGAAUUGUGACUAUUUCGAUCGAGCUAAAAACAAAAAGCUUUUGUACUUGGAGUAUCCAUAAAUAAGCCUUUGCAAAUGGAGUUUUCUAUAAUUUUCAGCCCCGGUUCACACAGCAGAUUAAUGAGAGACCCAAGUUUGCAAUCUGACAGCAGUCAUUGCAGUAGUGUCGAGAGUCUUCUAGAACUUCGUCGCGCUGAUCCGGAGGCUAUUCUCCUUGGUCUUGGAUUCGGUGGAUGUCCAAAGGCGUUCCAGGACAAUGGACCACUCUCACGAAUUCCCAAAAGAUUUCUCCAGCCAUCGAAAUUGAAGGGCAUUGCACUCGACGAUUUCGUCAGACAGCAGCAGGAAACCACCGAAUCAAUAGAUUCAGCCUCAUUAGGCUAUCGUGGACUGACUGGAUCACCAUAUGUGGCUCCAUCGGAAAUAGUUCAGAAGAUUAUGGAACGUUUACGUGAACAUGAGAGUCAUGAAUUCGAUGCGUACACGGCAUACAAUUUCGAAACUUGUACCGCAACUCCAGUGCAGCAAAGUGGACUCUCAGUAUUAUCACCGGAUAAUCGGCAGUUUUUAGACAGACAGCGAUCCAAGAGCCCUGACAUUUGUAAAAAACGUAUGAUCAUAGGUGAGCUUCAACUAGUCGUUAUGAAUUCAUAUGACGUUUGUAAUUCAGGGUCUUGGUGAGAUCCAACUUCUUCAACAGUUGUGAGUCUCUCUUAUUUGAAUACAUUGUUACCAUUAUUUCUUAAUGCUACAAAUAAUAUUAUAACAAUUCAAAUAGUUUCUACAUUAGUUUCAUUGAAUUAUUGUCGCUGUUAGAAAUAU